CAGAAGAAACUGCCUGAUAACAGCAGCACGCUGCUCUCUCUGUUACUGCUGCAUUAGAAAACAGGGGCAUGUGUGCAGUUAGGGGUGAUGUUUGACAGGAUAGUUUCUUCUUGAACUCCGAUUGAAGUUUACAAAGCAAAAAAUAAGGGUGUGUUUAUGUAACAGUCCUGCCAGUCCAGGCGUCCCUGCGGGAUCGGGGCUCAGAGAGCUCUGGAGCACGAUGCCAGUUAAAGCAACCUGUUUGUGCAGCCAGCCUGCCACAUUUCUAGUUGGGUGGUAACGCUGAAGAGAAAAGGAAAGGAAUCUGAAGGGCUGUCUGCUGCUAGAACAACUGCUGCAGCCUAUAUAAGGAAUGCGUAUACAUCCCGAGCAGCGCACAGGGUCCUGAUAAAUCUCGCUGCUGCAGCUGGACUUACUGCACUGACAGUUUAUUUGUUUCGGGGACUUUAUGUAUCCGCUUUAUGUAAUGCACGUGCGCAACUGUGUAGGAUUCGGGUUUAUGUGUGGUAAAUCAUUCUUGCGAUUUGUUUCUUUGAAUUAUAACGAUCUAUCCGGCAAGCUGUGUCCAGGUAUAGAUGUGAGCCUGAGUAAUUUUACUAAGGAAAUCGAUCGAUAGCGAGAAAUAUGACGCGUUUUACUUCUCGCUUGCAUGCGUAUAGAGAUAGAGACUAUAAACUUGAAAAUACUUUUAAAAUAAUGUUAUUCGUCCAAACUCUCUCUCUCUUUUAGACUGAAAUCCACCGUUUUUCAUUUCGUCGGCUUAUAUGUUGUACUAAGUGUAUUUUUUGUGAAGAGAUGAGUGAAGAAAUACACUUUUCCUCAGGCUGACGCCAUGCGCGCGCCAUAUAGCGGAUCUCUCAGCGCGCGCGUGUGUGUGAGCGACCUGUAAAUAUGUGCUUACCUGAUCGGAGGGGAGGAUAAAAAUGUCACCUAGGUUUUUACGUAAAUGCCAUUUGACCAUCUCGCUAUUGUUUUUUUUUUUUUGCUACCUGAACGUUCUGACAAGGAAGGAGUCUUUCUUUUUCUCUCUCUGAGAUACAUUGUCUCGUUUUGAAAGCAGACGGGAGGCGUUAAUCGUUCGUUGCUGCAAAUGUCAACUUGUGCAGUGAGUAACUACAGUCAUGUGCUGGAGGGCCAGUCAGACUCAGAUGAUGAAGAUAAGCUUCACAUCGUGGAGGAGGAAGGGAGUCUCCUGGACGGGGCUGACUGUGACAGUGUGGCCCCUGAUGAUGACCCUAACGGGACCGUUGACCCUGACAGCAGAUGGGACGAUGUGAAAGAAGAGUGCUUGUCGGACGAGGAUGAUAGGAGCAGAGAUGCUUUGGUUGAGGAGAUGCUCCAGCAAGGAGACACGGCCGUCAUCUUCCCGGAGGCUCCAGAAGACGAACCGCGACAGGGCACACCAGAAACCAGCGGACAUGAUGAAAAUGGCACGCCAGACUCAUUUUCUCAGCUCCUCACCUGUCCCUAUUGCUCUCGUGGCUACAAGCGCUACACCUCACUGAAAGAACACAUUAAAUACAGACACGAGAAGAGCGAGGACAACUUCAGCUGCUCACUCUGCAGCUACACCUUUGCCUACCGAACACAGCUGGACAGACACAUGACCGCACACAAAGCUGGCAGAGAACAGCGGCAUGUUACUCAAUCAGGUGGAGGAGGGAAUCGAAAGUUUAAAUGCACUGAAUGUGGCAAAGCCUUCAAGUACAAACACCACCUGAAAGAACACCUGCGCAUCCACAGUGGAGAAAAGCCUUACGAGUGCUCCAACUGCAAGAAGCGUUUCUCUCAUUCCGGUUCUUAUAGUUCCCACAUCAGCAGUAAGAAAUGCAUCGGCCUCAUCUCAGUAAAUGGACGGCCGCGAUCUUCUCCCGCCACUGGGGCUGCCAAGACCCCGCAGUGCUCUUCCCCGUCCCUGCCAACCUCUUCCCCCACGGCACGUGUCCAAGUCAGAGACAAACUGGACAAUAGUAAACCCCUUCAGGAACAGCUUCCCUUGACACAGAUCAAAUCUGAGCCACUGGACUUUGAGUACAAGACUGUGGUGGUGGCCCCAUCUACUAGAGGAGUAAAUGGCAUAUUACAAGGUGGGGCGGCAGCCGUACAAGCUGUUGUGCUCCCAACAGUGGGUCUGGUAUCCCCAAUCAGCAUCAACAUCGGGGACUUACAGAACAUGCUGAAGGUGGCAGUGGAUGGGAAUGUCAUCAGGCAAGUGCUGGAAAGCACACAAGCUAAGGGGCAGCAAACAGGGACAGGAAUCGUUGGAGCAGGAGGGGUGGGAAUUGCCCAAGCACCCCAGCAAGUCAUACAGGCCUUUAGUCUUCCCAUCUUGGACCAGGAUGGCAGUGCUAAGAUCUUCAUUAAUUACAGUCUAGACCCUUCACAGGCCCAAGUGGUCAUUCAAAGUCCGAAGAAAGAAUCGUUGGGGUUGAACACAGAAACCUGCAAGGCUCAGAAGCUGCCAGAGGACUUGACAGUCAAGAUGAAUAGGGACAAAACCACCAUCACUGUGGACGAGAAGAGUAUUUUACACAAUGACACAACACUUAAGCACUGUGGUAAAGAUGGACAUAGGGUAAACGGGAAAAACCUUGAGGGGAAGAUAGACUUGGAGGAAGGACUGUGUCCUGGUCAGCCUCCUCUGAAAAACCUUCUCUCUUUGCUCAAGGCUUACUUUGCCUUAAACAACGAGCCCACCAAGGAGGAGCUGGCAAAGAUAUCAGAGUCUGUUAAUCUUCCGGCAGAGGUGGUGAAGAAGUGGUUUGAGAAGAUGCAGUUGGGACAGAUCUCUGUAGAUCCCUCCUCAUCCCUGGCUGAGGAUGAGCAGACCACUCCUGGAGAUUUGGAUGGGACUAGAGGUGCAUCACCCCAUACAGAGCCAGAUAAGCAACUGAUCACAGAGGAGCAAGGAGAGAGGGACUGCUGUAGCCCAGCUGAGGGUGUAGAAGCUGGGGAGAAUGGGAUAGAAAGUGUCCCUACAUCCCCUUCACCACUAAACCUGUCGGCCGAUGGUCCUGUCCCAGCCAGGACUCUUGAGGAAGGCGAGGGACCUCUUGAUCUUUCGCUACCAAAAUCUGCUGCUACAGCUGCUGUGGCUAGCAGUCACGUAAACACUGUUUACUCGGCUCAAGAGGAGCCAUUAAAUUUGACUUGCACAAAGAAGGAACUGCUCAGCAAUGCAAGCACCAAUGCUGCCAUAUAUGCCAGCCAACCAAGUGCCAAUCCCAUAAACAUCGUGACCACUCAACUGCCCACCCUAGUGGCUAUCACUGACCAGGGACAAGCGCAAUGUCUUCGUGCACUUACCACCACUAAACAGACCAUCCUGAUCCCGCAGCUGACUUACAGUUACACCACUACAUCCUCCAGCCCAGCAGGGAACGACGCUCCACAGAAGAACAUUAUACACGUCAAUGGCAUCAAGGAGGAAAAACAGGAGAUGGGGUCAGAGGUCACCUCGACAUUGGAAGAACAGACAGACUCAGACUCAGGGCCGACGAGAAAGAAGAUGAAAAGGACGGAGAGUGGGCUGUACGCCUGUGACCUGUGUGACAAAAUCUUCCAGAAGAGCAGCUCAUUGCUCCGCCAUAAAUACGAACACACAGGAAAGAGGCCUCAUGAAUGUGGGAUCUGCAGCAAGGCCUUCAAACACAAGCACCACCUAAUAGAGCACAUGCGCCUGCACUCCGGGGAAAAGCCGUACCAGUGCGACAAGUGCGGAAAACGCUUCUCCCACUCUGGCUCCUACUCGCAACACAUGAACCACCGAUACUCCUACUGUAAGAAAGAGGCUCAAGGCCAAGGGUUAGGCCAGGGAGUCGAGGAAGAGGACAAUCCUGGGGAAGAGCAGCCUCGGACAGGCAGCACAGCGACCUCGCCACCUUCCCACCUGGACUCGGAUGAGCGGGGGAGUAGUACCAGAGAGGAUGAGAGUGAGGAGGAUGAAGAGAUGGGCUCGGGGAGCUUAGUGGAUGAGGAUGAGAUUCAGGUGGUCAAGAUCGGAGAGGAGGGAGAUGAAGACGACCAGGGAGCAGAUGAAGACCAGGACGGGGAGGGAGAGAGGAUGGAAGGGGUGGAACAAGAAGAAGAUGGCAAUGAGGAAGGUGAGAGUGAGGAAAAUGAUGGACAAACGUUGAAAGUCAUAGUGAUGCAGGAUGAAUGUGAAGAUGGAAACGAAGAGGAUGAGCAAACGGCGAAGGAGGCCAUGGACACAGAAACUCUUGAACACAUGAAGGACAUAACAGAAAAAGAGAACCCAGUGGACGAUAAGAAAAAGAUUGAAAAUGAAGAAAACACAGCCACUAUGAACGGAGACGUGAAGUGAAGCUACAGCUCUGUUUUUAUGGCCCUUAUUCCUUACGACGUCGUUUUACAAUGUUACUAAUUUGAAGGAACAAAAAAGACGUUUUCUCUCCGCAGAUGUUUCUCUCUCUUCCUGAGAAGUGACUGUUAAGACAAGAAUGAAGUGAGGAAGAGAGCGUGACUGCUCUUACGCUGCAUCUAAACCCACUACUGUGUAUAAACCCCCAGGUGUGCCUGAUAAUAACAAAAUACUUUUUCCACAUGAAGACGAUUUUCAGUGUUUGAGUAUGGUUUGUAUAAAUGCAAAGUUUCACGAAAAAAAAAAACUAAAACAAAAAAGAAAAUGACGCAUAUACAGACUGAAAGCUACUCACGUUUUGGCUAAUAAUGUUUAUUACUAAAACGCCUUGGGUCAAUUUCUUUUAUCAGUAUUACUAAUUUUUUGUCACUCUCGGUUUACCCUCAAAAGCUGUACAGUUGGAAGAGAGAGAUUUCUAUACGUUUUUAUUGCCAAUGAACAAAACUCAGUAUUUUCUUGCAUUUGAAGGAAAAAAAAAGAAUCCUGUGCACUACCAUAUUCCCAGUUUACCUAUGGAACACCUAUGUGGGCCUUGUGUUGUUUAAUGUCUACCUUCCAGUAUUAGCACCCCUAAGCCACGCUAGUGCUCGCUAGCACAACAUUUGUCUGCCGUCUCAUUUCAAGAAGGACUGUGAGCCUUAAAUGUCAAAAUAUUGAUGUGGUUAUGGUGGGAGGGCUUUAAUGAAUCCCAAAAAGCCAAGACAUUAAAACCUUAGUAAUCCUGGACAGCUGGUUUCAGGUGAUCGCCAUCAGUCCCUUCACCACCCAUCAUCCACCCUUAUGCAAAAACAUGCAUGUUGGAAGUGCCAUUGAACAGUGCUGUGCCGUUGCUGUGACGCCGUCGCUGAGCAGCACACUCGCGUGGGGCUCAUGCUGUCUUUGAUUUUGGUAGCAAAAUUUUGGACCCCUGCACCUAAACCACUAGUCCUGGCUAAAGGACAAGACUGCCUCUUUUUAUUAUAAUUUUUUUUUAAUUUGUUCAAUCCAGUAAGGACUACACUGCAUCAAGAAUUCAGGAAAGACGAUCAAUGAGCAAAAAGGAGAAAAAAAAUAGCUCUUUUUUUCAGCCUUGAAGUAUUUUUCCCCUGUUUGGUGCACUUGUUUCUCUUGUUAUCUUUAGCUGCACGACACUUUUUCUUCAGGUAACAAAUGUAAGCAGAUACGAUCAAUGGAGAAUUCACUUUUAGUGUUUUUUGUUUCUUUUUCGGUCAGCCUUUUUACCUGUCAGUAUUAAUUUUUGUCUUGUUUGAAAUGAAGUUUUUUUUGUUGUUGUUUGUUUCAGUGAACAUUGUGUAAUUUUUUUUUUUGUUCGUUUUGUUUGGAUUCUCAGUAAAGGCAGUAUUACCCCUCCCAUCCCUCACCAUGUAUAACUUUACAUUUUUAGUUUUAGAGACCUUUUAUAUUUAUGUGUCUUAUUUUUGUAUUUUCUUUAUGGUUAUUUAUUACACAAUGUAGUGUACAAUACUGUAGUUUGUAUUAAUACAAUAAUAUAUUUUAGUAUGAAGAAUAAUUUCGAAGAUAAAUGAAAUCAAAGCUGGGGAACGAACUCUAGCAUUUCAAAGUGUUUUAGAACAGGAAAAAAGAAAGUGUUAUUUUCAAAUUUUCAAAAUGCAUUGUUUGAAACAAAACAAAAAACAAAACUAAACAAAACAAAAACACCCCUAAAGUAUAUGAGAACUGUUAGCUUUUACAUGUCACUUUCAUGUUAUUGUCUCUUACCCCACUAUACUUUGAAGCUACUGAAAACUAAUUGUAUGCUAUACACGCAUGAGUCCUUGAUGUUGCAUCGAAAGAUUGUCCUUCACCAUGAAACUGCGCUGCCCUUUUAACAAAGCCAAAACAUCAUCAGUGUUGUUUAUUAUUAUUAUUUUUGGUUGUGCCAAUUUGUAACUCUCUUUGUCUACAUCAAGACAACAAAGUCUUUUAUAUGUCCCUGUUUUAACCUUUUUAGUGAUAGUUUUUUGUUUGAUCAUUUGUUUUGUUUUUUUUAAUGACUCCCCAUCUCACAAUAAAAUACUUCAAGAAUUCAA